UUUGUACUUUAGGCACUCAUACAAAGAGAAUCUUGUCUUUUAGAAAUGAAGAUAUGCUCACUUUUUAGAGCAUCUAAAUACCAGUACCAGUAGAUUUCUCAAGCCGCUCAGACCAUAAGUGAUUUACAAUUGGAUUUGAAAUAAUGAUAAAUGUUAAAAGGGCCAAUUUUGUUAGCUCUGCAAUCAAAAUAAAAUUUGGUGUAAAAUUGGGAUUUGACUGCAACAGUCAUGACAGUCUGUAGAACUGUCAGUGUCACAGUGAACCUUUGACUUGUUGCUGCCUGUCCUUCCUACAUUCACGACAUAUGAAUAAUGCUACUGUAACUGUACUCGAGUGAUUGUCCUAUUUUCUUGCCUUGCCCUGCCAAAAUCAACUUUAUCUUUGAAUUGAGUGUACAACUCACACUAUUGACUUUUUUUUUUUAAUUGUGUUUUUCCAUUCUCCAGACAUGUGCAGGUAAGUGAAUGGUAAUGAAUUAUACCCGCAGGCAUCCAUGUACUACAUGUACUAAAGAGCCAUUGGUUAUUUUUUUAAUUGUUUUGAAAAAAAAAUUAGGCCUAAAAAAGUAUCCAAAAAAUGAAGAUUUCACCAUAUGGUCACAUGUUGGUAUAAUGGGUGCUGGAUGACUAUUUUUGAGAUGAGCUGUCACGCUAAGUCUAAUGAAAGGUGUUUUUACAUAGGCGUAUCAGUGUUUUUGUAAUAUACAUGUAUAAUAAAAUAUUUUUCUAGACACAAUCAGUAAAAGCUUCUCUGCUCCUUUUUUUCCUUCAGAACAUGGCAUUGACGAGGAAUGUUUUCAUCUCUUGGACGAGGAUACUUUGAAGGAGUUAAUUCCAAGGAUUGGAACACGACUUCGAUUCAAACAGAAGCUGUUAUUGAACAGGAAUGCUGUAUCGGUAAGAUGUGAGAUUCAUCUUAAUUCUGCAAGAGUUUAAAGGAAAGGUCAAGGAUAAUUCAGUAGUAAUGGAGCAGUCCAGGCAGUUCAUGUGUUUUGUUUGUUCCAAAAACAUUAAAGGGGACUUCCACUCCUUGUUCUUUCAUUUGAGGACCAUUCAUGCAAUAACCUAUGCUGGAAAUUAUUUUGUUUGUGCACAGAAUGGAUGCCAACGGACCUUUCAGUCUGUUUGGCCUUACAAAAGGCAUUUGAUAAAACAUGUUCUUGAACAAGACAGCAACAAUGAUACAUUUAUAAAUGAUGUGCCCGGAGAGGUGUUUGAUUAUAAUAGUGAAAAUGAAGACAUGAUGCAUUCUGGAGAUGAUGUUGAAAUUGAUGGUGUAAAUGAUUUUACAGGACAAAGUCGUCAUGCUGAGCUUGAUGUUAUGUCAAUAGCUUCAUCGUUCAUUAGUAAACUGAAGGCCAAGGCAAACCUGCCUCUCUCUACGUUGAACACUGUCAUUGAAUGCACUUCCGAAAUGUUUUCUGAAAUUAUUGAAGCAUUGAAAGAGAAAACGAAGAAGGUAGUGGAAGACCUCGGGAAUGGGAUGAGGAAUGAUGAUGAUUUGGCAGACCUAAUGAAUGAUUUUGAAGAGAGUCGGAGACCUUUUACCGGUUUAGAAACUGGAUGGCUUCAAAACAAAUAUUUUUUAAACCUCGGCACUUUCAUUCCUCCAGUUUCUGUUCCGCUUGGAGUUGCCUUUAAUCCCCAGCCAGACCCUCAUUCUGGUGUUGUCCUCCAACGCCAAAAGCGUGACACAUUUGAGUAUGUGCCUAUCAGAGACCUGUUGCUAGAAGUCCUUGAUGCUGAUUUGCUGGAUGCUAUCCGACAGUACAAGACCAGGGAACAUGAGCCUGGGAUUCUUGAAGAUUUUAAAGAUGGCAGUUACUACAAAUCCAACCCAGCCCUGUGCGAUCCUGAGACCAUAAAUAUUUUACUGUAUUUUGAUGAGUUAGAAACUACAAACCCUUUUUCUCCCAAAGCUGGCACCCAUAAACUGGGUUUGUUCUACUUCACUCUGAAAGAUGUUCACUCAGUACACCAGUCCAGUUUAAAGAAUAUGUUCUUGCUUGCUGUUGCCCUCUCAAAAGACAUAAAGCAUUAUGGUUUUAAUGCAAUAUUGAAUCCAAUUGUAGAUGAUCUGAAAGUGCUAGAAUCUGAGGGUUUGUUGUGUGAUGAUGGAACAAAAGUGCGUGUGGUUUUAGGCCAGACAACAGGUGAUAACUUGGGGUUGCAUGGCAUGCUAGGUUUUGCUGAGGGAUUUACAGCUAACUUUCCUUGCCGCAGAUGUUCGAUGCCGAGAGAUGAUGCUCACACUGCAACUGCUGAAGACGACUCCCUGAUUAGGACAGUUGAGACAUAUGAUAGAGACAUAGCCGUUGAUGAUGUUAGUAGAACCGGAGUAAAGAGGAUGUGUCCGCUGAAUGACUUAGUAGGAUAUCAUGUCACUGAUAACCAUGUCUUUGACAUUAUGCAUGACAUUCUUGAGGGGGUUGGCCUAAUAGAGGUAAAACUGGUCUUGAAGGCGAUCAUCACUGAAGGUGUGCUCACUCUCGAUGUGAUCAACGACCGAAUAGUGUCAUUUGAUUAUGGAUUUCCUGAGUCGUCAAACAAACCCUCUGUGAUAACUGAGCAAAGCCUGAAUCGUUCAACUUCUGCAACUGGUCAAAAAGCAGAGCAGGCCUAUUUUCUAAUCAGGCAUCUCCUGAUUCUCAUUGGCGACCUUGUUCCUGAAGAUACAUGUAAUGAUCACCUGCAAGUCAUACGUCUCCUGCUUUCCUGCAUGGACAUCAUCUUUGCCCCAAAAGUGAGUGAAGAAGAGACCUACUACCUCCAGCGACUAAUUCAAGAACACCAUGACCAUUUCCUCACAACCUUCCCAGACAAUCACCUCCUUCCAAAGCACCAUCAUAUGUUACAUUACCCUGCAGUAAUCCGAGCCAUUGGACCUCUUAAACACUUUUCAUCAAUGCGAUUUGAGGGAAAACAUGCAUUCUUCAAGCAAGUUGCCCAAGUUACCUGCAACUUUAAAAAUAUUUGUAAAACCAUGGCCAGACGCCAUCAGAUGACGUUGUCUGAUGCCCUCAUGAGGAAGGAGCUUUUCGAGUUCAAGCCAUUGGAAAGUGGGAAGGGUUUGCUCCAGCCCCUGGAUCACUUUGAGCCCCAUCACAGUCUAAUAGCAGAGGCAAUUGGCUGUCCUGUUGACUCUGAAGUCUUUUCUGCUAAAUUCGCUAGGUACCAUGGCAUAGAGUACAGAGCCAACGAGAUGGUUUCUGUGGACUGUGAUAAGGAAUCAGGAAAUCCUCUCUAUGGAAAAAUAGAGCAGGUAUUCAUUGAUGACCAGACUCUAGUAUAUUUGUUGAUUCAAGUCUGGGAAACCCUGUGGUUUGAAGACAGAUAUCAUGCCUAUGCUGUUCGGGAAGGAGACGAAUUUCUGUGCAUCACAGUCAAUGAAUUGCUUGACCAUCACCCCUUUCACCUCAUCAAGUCGUUUGAUGAACAUGACAGUUUGCGUUACAUUGUUCCGAGGCAUAGAUAAGUUGGUAUGUUCAGAGAUUUUAGUCAUUAGUGUGUACUUGCGAGAAAAAAAAUUCGAAAAUACAAGAACAAUUUAUCACAUUGAAGGUGUGAAGUAUUGAAGUGAAAUGCAAAGUUUUCUGAAGUUAUUGUAUGUUAUUGUACCUUUAAAUUUAUUUUCAGGAUGCAUCUCCACCAACCGAUAUGACUGGCACCAGCGAUGACACAGAAAAUGAUAACAUACACGUCCCAAUAGAAUCUAGCUCAACUUCAGUUCCCAGUGGCAGUAAAAUAUGUGCACAUUCAGUAUCAACUAAGUUUCAUGAUUUUAAGACUUUCCUAUGCAGCCAGAAUGGUGGUAGAUCUUUGUUAGCGGAUGUACAGAAGCUUGGGUUCGCCCCAACAGUGUUGAGGAAAAGACUUGUGAAAAUAGCAACUGGUUUUUUAUUUGAAAAAUGCGGAAAAUUUCCCAAAACAGAGGACAAGGAGGAACUUGCCAUUGCGAUUAUCACAGUCAUACCGUGUCUGAGGAAUCCGAAUGGACAGGGCUUUGAAGCAUUUUACCAAAG